AUGGCCGCCAACGACCACUACAACCCGCACGCCAGCCCCUACAGUUCCCCCUACAACCGCCGCGAAGAUGCGCCCCUCCCACCCAUCCCCUCCACAUCGCCCUACCCACGCCCACACAUAGACACCCCCAGCACAACCAACGUCUCGCCCGUCACCUCGCCCUUCGACGACCGCGAAUACCCUGCCUACCCGCAGUCCAGCCAGCAAGGGUUAACCGCCGACUCGGCAUACUACGGCGCGGGCGAGCGGCGGCACAGCAGGAUGUCGGACCCGUUCACGGAUCACAAUGCGAUUCAGCUGCAGAGCCAGACACUGAAGCUUGAUGGGUCGCCGACGAGAUACAACGCUGAUCCUGAGGGCUCGGGGUUGCACGGGCAGCCGCGGGGCGAUGCUGGGGCGCAAAGGCAACCGAGUCGGAGAGCAAGGAAGAAAAGGAAGGGGUGGUUGUCGGGGCGUGUGACGUGGGUGGUUUACAUUCUCAGUACUGUGCAAGUGGGCGUCUUCAUUGCGGAGCUUGUUAAGCAAGGCAUCCUAACCGGCUCUCCCAUCGCCACAAAACCCUCCUUCAACCCCAUGAUCGGCCCCUCAACCCCCCUCCUCAUAAACAUGGGCGCACGCUUCGUACCAUGCAUGCGCAACACGCCGAUGAUCACCGACUCCGGCGGCGCGCUCCUUCCCUGCCCCAACGCUACAACCAGCUCCUCGCUCUGCUCCCUCUCCAACCUCUGCGGCAACGGCAUGCCUGCGUCCCUCGACCCCCAGCCGGGCUGGGACCUCAGCCACAAGCCCGAGCCGAACCAGUGGUGGCGCUUCAUUGUGCCGAUAUUUUUGCACGCCGGCUUGAUCCAUAUUGGGUUUAAUCUGCUGCUGCAGCUCACCCUGGGACGGGAUAUGGAGAAGGAGAUUGGGAGCAUCCGCUUCUUCCUUGUCUAUUUCGCGAGCGGCAUCUUCGGGUUUGUGCUCGGUGGGAACUACGCCGCGGAGGGCAUCGCGUCGACGGGCGCGUCGGGGGCGCUGUUCGGAAUCCUCGCGCUGUGUUUGCUCGAUCUGCUCUACAGCUGGGGCGAGCGGAAGAGUCCAGUCAAGGAUCUGCUCUUCAUCCUGCUGGACAUCGCUAUCGCGUUCGUGCUUGGCUUGCUGCCCGGCUUGGACAACUUCUCGCAUAUCGGCGGGUUUCUGAUGGGUCUGGUGCUCGGGUUGUGCAUCUUACACUCCCCGAACGCGCUGAGGGAGCGCAUUGGCCAGGAUGACCCGCCGUAUGCGGCUGUGGAUGCGGCGCGUCAGGAUGGCCCGGAGGUGGUCAAGGGCGAUACGGCACUGGCGGCCUUUGCGAAGGCGCCGGUGGGCUUCUUCAAGGGGAGGAAGCCGCUGUGGUGGGCGUGGUGGCUUAUCAGAGCUGGCGCGCUGGUGGGAGUGCUGGUGGGCUUCAUUGCGCUGUUGAACAAUUUCUAUGUUUACAGGAGUCGGUGUGGGUGGUGCAAGUACCUGAGCUGUCUGCCGGUGAACGGAUGGUGCGAGAUUGGGGAUCUGAAGUUGCAACCUGAAGCUGGCACCGGGACCACCCCGAAUAGGAGGGAUCUGUUUGGUGCAGGCGAUUUUAUGUUCUAG